AUGUCCUACCCCCGCCAAAGUCGUAGACAGCAACUCUUGAAUCCUGAGCGCCGCAAGGAAGAUGAUAUCGACCGACGUGGAACUAAACGCCGUCAGUCCCAUACGGAACGCUCCGCUCCGCACUCAGGUCAGGCUCUGGAGGGGCAACAACAGACACAUCUUGGGGCUCCACACCCUGUUUCCGCGGACGACAAGCAGCCACCAACAGCAAACAAAGAUGGACCUGUACAGUCUGACGAGGAUGUCAUAUUCGAGGGUGAGACCAAGGAAGUGCCCGACCUGCGUGUAGACAGCAGUCAGACUUUUAUUGGUGAACAGGUAGCCAGUAAAGGUUUGUCCUUUCGUUCGUCUCCGGGUACUCCAGGGGCCUUAUCCCCCAGUAAUGACCAACCACGCCUCCCACCUAACAAGCGGAGGCAUCACCGGCGCCGUACCAACAACAAGGAAACGGCACGGGAACAAUCGUCAGAAGCUCACGGAGCUGAUGGCACACAGCAGUCUCUAUCUUGGAAAAAUACGAACAGAGGGCCGGCCGCUAAGGGGAGAUCUUCUGACGCACACGAACGGGUAGAGGCAGUACCAGAGGACGAAGACAACCCUACCUUCCGAAUCCAAGGCUGUAAGCGUCCGUACCAUGGACUCGGGUACAAAUCUCCAGGGUCAGAAGACCGUUCAACCGAGGAGGAGGAUACUCUGUCUGCCAGUGAGAACACACCAACUUUUCAAGAGUUCGCACACGAACAAGUAUUAGCCAGACAGAACCCUCAUGGUAAGGAGGCGGUGAAGAAUAGACAGGAUCGAUUAAGUACGAACCUGCGCCAACAACAGCAACGCCAGUGGGGCGAGAAAGAAGCGCCCAGUGAAUAUGUACAGACACCUAAACGGCAAGAGAAGGAGACACCACUGCCUCCACCUACACCGGCUAGUAUCGAGAAAAGCCGGCAGGCGCUACACGCACGGAUACUACAAUUAAGUGACGAGCUAUGCCAAGCAAUCGAGGAGAAAAACACGACUCGAGCUGAAGCUCUUCGGGGUGUAAUUGAGACACUUCGAGCUACAUUAGAGUCCCUACCAGUAGAGAAGCGUCCCGUACCUUCACCACGUACGUGGCCUGAUUGGCCGUCGAACAGAUACUACCUACAUGAUAUUAUGGAACGGGACACAAGAGGGGCUCUCCUCGAGGCGUUCAAGAACGCACAAAUCGCAGGGUUGGACGAGAGUUGGAACCUUACAUGGUUUCAUAAGGUACUAUCUUACUUCAAGGCGGAGAAGUCAACACUGGACUACAUCCGCGACAAUUCUGAACGGUUGAAGACAUGGACACCUCAGCUACAGAUCGAACAGAUCUGUUCGCACGAAACACAAGCCACUGUCGACCAAGGGCCAAA